AAAUAUCAAUAUAUAGGUCAGAAACAUUGGCUCUGAUCUGUGAUACACUUCCAUGGAAACUGAUUCCAUGCUGGACAACCUCUAAUUUGGCAUAGUUCAAAUAUAAAGGUUUUAAGAGAGACAUUUUUUAACAUAUUUUUAUUCCAGUAGAGUGAUACACCUAUGCUGUUUAAGUGAUGGACGAAUCAAGAAACACGACAGUUGCCAAAGAAGUUUUGAUCUCACGGGAGUUACUAUUAGCAAGGGACAUAAAUCAAUACUAUUUAUUUGCGGUGCUUGCUAUGGGACUGCCUGGAAAUCUAUUGAUCGUUGUGACCUGCCAGUCCAUCCAGCCCCUCAGCCUGUCCUCGCUCCUGGUGUCCGUUGUGGCCAUGUUCGACACGCUGGCCAUCGUAGUCAAGCUCACAGACAACCAGCUGCUUCUCCACCGCGUCAACCUGGACGCCUUCCUGUGCAAGACUAUCGCGGUGUUCAGCAAGUUCUUCUCCACCAUCGCAGUGUGGAUGCUGGUGAUGCUGUGUGUCCAGCAGUGUCUCGCCGUGUACCUCCCCACCAAGAAGAGCUACUUUCUCUCCAAGAGCCGGAGCUGCAUCCUUAUGACUGUCAUCUCCUUCGCCAUCUUCGCCGCGCUCCUGGUACUGUACUUUGUGGACACCUACUCCCGUUUCAACGUGAUCCACACAUGCGCGGACGAGAACUCCAUGACCUACGAGUCUCUGUUGGUCAUCGAGAGCCUGCACGUGAUCAUACCUCAUAUGGUCAUCACCGUUCUCGUCUUCUUCCUCCACUGCGGCUUGGGUCACUUCAGCAGAAACUACUGCUCCAUAUUCAUGCAGCAAGAGAAGGACGCCGCCUCUGCUUCCAACGAAGUUCACACUGACGUCGAAAACCGAGUUCUGAAGAACAGGGACGAUGAGAUAACUCUUGUCAACUUAACAAGGGCAGCAGCUUCCAUGUUCCUGAUUCUCUCCCUUGGUACGUGCGGCUACGUGAUCCUGACAAUCCUAGACCACUUUGAGGUGAUGACUCUGCAGCGCAAUCCUAAGUGGUAUUUGUUCGCUCAGGUCUCAAACCUCAUGCUAGACUCUACAUUCUGUCUCAAGUUUCUGUUGUACUUCCUCAUUUCAGGGACUUUCAGAAAAUAUUUUGUCAGUAGAUUUUUAUGUCAUGGAUAAAGAACAGCUACGCCAUUUUUAUAUUCACAUUUUUUAUACUCUUUGAUAUUUGUACAAGUUUUAUAAAAUGUACAACUUUCUUGAGUGUUAAAAGCAUGAGCUGUGAUUACUCACAUCAUACGUCGGGCACAUUUUAAACAGACAUUUUAAACAAACAUAUUUAAAACCUUUUUUUACGAAAUCGAGUUUAAGAUCUUUUUUUCAACAUUUCGAUAGCAGGGCGUUGUGGAUGAGUCGUAAGAUUCAUGGCUUCUUGAUUGGGCGAGGGAGGGGGCCUCGGUUCGAAUCUCGCUGAAGACUGGGCUUUGAAUUUCGGAAUUUUAGGACGCCCCUAAGGGGUACAUGACAUUAGUCGCGUAAAAGUAAAGACGACUGGUCGUUGUGCUGGCCACAUGACACCCUCUUUAACCGUAGAUCCUGGAAAUAUGACCUUUACAUCAUCUGUCCUAUAACUCGCAAGGUUUGAAAAGUGUUCUUUACUUUUACUAUACAAUAUUAUUAAUGGUUGCACAAUGCAAGGAAUGAUAAACAUUUCAGUAAAACAUCUAUACAAAAGCUACUUCUGAAUAGUCACCAGAAAGAACGCAUGCUAUGUUUCCACCUCAACGGGCACUCGAGUGGAAACCAUCGUGUGAGGAAAUUAUUAGACUAAACAAGAUUCCUGUGUCCGAGAGCAUUCCCAUUGCACAGUGCGGAGUUUAAGAGAGCUUCCUCGACCAUGUCAAAAUGCAGUCUUUGUUCUUCAAGAGACUGUUUCAUUAAUGGCGAAGACUGCUCGGUUAGCUUGGUAAACUAUGGGAAAAUGGCGGUGUGCUCGGCCUUUGUCCACGUAUCUUAGUCCGUACGUUUGGAGUGUCCAACCCAUUGGCAAUAGCUGUGCUAAAUAUGGACAUUAGCUUAGACCUCUCUUAGACAGAGCGCUUUGUUCAAUCAAACUUACAAGUCGAGAGUUUCAAGAAUUUCGACUCAACUCUUUUGACCGUAAAUCGAUUGUUCUUCCAGGCUACAUUUUGGGUGAUCAUGUCACAAACCUGACUUCAUUUAUUUAGUGAAAAUCUAGUUUGGGAAGAAUGUAUUUCUUAGAAAUGUUCACCAUAAAUAUGUACACAGUUACCCUCGCACUAAUCUGGUUAACAUUCUUUAAGCCAUAAAAAUAACAAGUGACAAAGAGAGAGAAGAGAUAUGGUGAACUGUGGAAGCGAUGUAAGGAAACCUAAAGAAAAAUAAAAGGAAAUGAAAACAAGAAAAUCGUGAGAGGAUUGGAUAGAAAUAAACAAAAUAAACAAUUGAAAGGGAGCUGUUUCCAAAUUACUAAACAUUCUUUGUGCUACACACGCGUUUAGAAAUUGGGUUUUAACUCUUUCUCUUCUUAUUGACGAUACCAACGUUGAUUCCACCAGAAUGUGGUAAAAAAUUACGGAGAGAAAGAGUUAAAGUACUAAAAAUGUGCAAAAAAAAUUACGUAGAGCAUCAACACUUCUAUCGUCUGUCCACCGGAGACAUGAAAAACUAGUGAGUUAUCUACCCUAGGAUCCUGUAGGUUUGAAAACCUUUGUUUCCCAGUGUUGAGUUACUACUCUAUCUAAUGGGGUGAAAGGAAGGGCUGUUUCUGAGACACCUGAGUUUAGGUGACUGUUUUGUGAAUGUAUGUCUUCACAGUGUUGAGUUACUACUCUAUCUAAUGGGGUGAAUGGAAGGGCUGUUUCUGAGACACCUGAGUUGAUGUGACUGUUUUGUGAAUGUAUGUCUUCACAGUGUAAUCAUGUCAGUUACUCACUGUCUUGUGAUAGGCAUCAAGAAUCUGCGCCCUCUGGAUUGUACAAUGGAAAUUUAUUUAUGGUGACGCGAAUAAACAAAACUAUCUCAAACUACUCCAUAGUAUUGAUAAGUUGACCCACCGGCCAACUGACCAUGUAUUUCAUCUCGCUCAUUAAAUCUCAACUCCUACAGUUUUAAAUGUUAAAUGAUUCUUGACCAAUAUAAUGAUUUUUUAUGAAUAUUUCUUUUGUAUUCAAACUGUAAAUAUAUGAUUCUUUACCCAUUUUCUGGCAUUAAAAAUAUGUCACAUUUUUUUAUUAACAAAUAAACAAGUUUAAAGUACA